AUGACUUGGAGACAGAUCCUCUUCCUCUCCUGUCUCUCGGCCAUUGUAUUUCUGUCUUUGCUACAGGAAGGUACCAGUGUGUCGGUGGGCACCCGGCCAGUGGGUGCAGAAGAGGACCAGGAAGGUGCCAAACAGAAGAUUUUCACAAAGGAAUCAGAUGCUUCAAAUUUCCUCAAGAAGCGCAACAGGAGGUCCCCCAAAUCCCUAGAUGAGGUCAAUGCGGAGAACCAUCAGAGGCUGCGGGCUGAUGAGCUGCAGAGAGAGUAUUAUGAGGAACAAAGGAAUGAGUUUGAGAACUUUGUGGAGGAACAAAAUGAUGAACAGGAAGAGAGAAGCCGCGAGGCCAUCGAGCAGUGGCGCCAGUGGCAUUAUGACGGCCUGUCCCCUUCGUAUCUUUAUAACCAUCAUCACAUCUGA